AUGAAGUGCCCCCACCUCACGAAGAAGCCCUUGGAAGAGCUGAUCAAGGCGGACAGCGUCACCAUUAACGGGAUGCUGGGCACACACGCGGAGGGAGAAGAGCCAGAAGACGUUUGCCUCGUCGAUUGGAACCUGUUUAGCAAGAUCUUGCUGAGUACGAAGCUCGGUGAAGACCUCCUGCGCAGCCACGUCAAAGAGCUGGAUAGAUCUGAGGGGGUGUGGCCGCUGACGCAGAAGCUCAGUGACAGAAUCACCACAAAGGUUUGCGCUGGCAUCCUCAUCCUCAUCGGAGCCGUGAGGCUGUUGGAGAUCGACGUGGCGGACCUAUCCAUCCAGCAGGGCCUAGGGCAGCUGGACAAGCUCGCGAAGAUCGAGGCUCAGAAUCUACCGGGCGCUUCUGGGGAAUACAUGUGCGAGCAGAUCGGGCUUUACAGGGAUAACCAUUGGGCCAACCCUUUCAACCGCAAGAUAUUGUACCUGCACCUAGAUGGCUGGACCUACAUCGACGGCGGCGGGGAGUGCAUGAACCCGGCCUCCGCAGUCGACUUCGUUGGGGCCGCGCGGAGGGUCCAGGAUAUCAUAGACAGCUCCAGCGUGCGCGUGAAGGACCUCUCGGAGGCUUGCUGGCCAGACACCAGCUGCCGGGACAUGGGCAGCCCCGCGAGCGUGGUGCUCAUUGACAACCUGAUGGAGGAGAGGCACGAGGCUCUAUGGCACAUCUUCACCAUGCUCUUCAUCAUCGGUCUCCUGCUGCUCUUCGUCGCCGUCGUGAACAGGAAGAUCACCGUGUUCACGAGGGCCAUCCUGCAGCCGCUGCGCUGGCUCGUGGACGACAUGGAGGCCCUGGCGUCGCUCGAGAUGCUGCAGAUCUUCCGGGACCUUCCCGUUGCGGACAGGAAGCGCGCGAAACGCUCGGCAGAGGUGGUGGAGGAGCUGGUCCAGUUGAAUCAGGCCUUCCAUGCCAUGCAGAGCGCAAUCCACUCGUGGUCGCUCUACGUGCCGCCCUCCGUGGUGCAGCGGCUGCACGCGGAGGGCAUCGAGGCGGGCGUCGGCGUCGGGCAGCAGCGGGUCACGAUCCUCUUCUGCGACAUCUGCGGCUUCGAGGGCAUCUGCAGGGGCCUUCAGCCCCAGGAGGUGAUCGCGCUCCUCGGGCGUGUGCUGAACGACGUGGCGGAGGUGAUACAGAUGCACAACGGGACGCUGCUCGAGUUCAUCGGCGACGAGGUGCUCGCGGUCUUCAACGCGCCGACCACCGUGAUGCACCACCCGCUGGCAGGCGCCAUGGCGUGCAGAGACAUCCACCGGGUCCUGGACAGUCAGAACGUUCGCGAGAAGUACGUCUCCCACGCCGGCAAGGAGAUCGAGAUCCGAUGCCGGUGCGGGGUGCACACGACAAACAUAUUGGCUGGCAACAUAGGCUCGAAAUCGCGCAUUAAGUACGGACUCCUCGGCGACGGGAUCAACCUGGCUUCCCGGCUGAAGGCCCUCAAUUCGCGCUACCACACGCGUACGCUGGCUACGGACAUGCUGGUUGGUAAUGGCGACAGGCUCAUGAAGUUCGACUUCGCUUUCCGUCCCGUGGACGUUGUGGCCGUCAAGGGGAAGGAGCAUCCCACCACCGUCUACGAGCUGAUGACCACCCCAGCCACUUUGACGCCAGAGUCCUCUGCAAUGUUUGAGGCCUGCCAGAAGCACCGCGAGGCCUUCCAGAGCUACCAGGACAAGAACUUUGCGCAGGCGAGGGACACGUUCCGAGAGGUGGGUGAUGUCCUCGCCCGCGCGGGGAUCCCACAUGACAUGUCCAGCCAGCUGCUGAUCCGGCGCUGCCAGAAGCUCAUCGACGAGCCGCCGGAUCCGGAAUGGGACGGCGUGGACCGCCUCGCGAGAAAGAGCUUUGAGGAGGAUGCCAUGCAGACCUCUGCCAAGGUCUGA